CGCACAUCAAUCGACACUGACCGAUCCGCUCCGCCUGGACUUCCACCCACCAUGUCCACCAAUGACGCCGUGUUCCAGCGCCGGAACAAGCAGAUCCAAGAUGCCAUUGACGGCCAGAAUCUCAAGCAGGCUCUUCAACUGAUUGAAAAGCGGAUCAAGAAGGGCGAAGACACGCGGUUUCUCAAGGCAUGGAAGGCGAACGUCCUAUUCAGUCACGCCGAUGAAGUGCACCGCACUCGUGGUGUCGCGGAGACCCUCGAACUAUGCAAGGCCGAGCCGGCCACCACGGACCUCGACACGCUGGAUAUCCUCCACGAGACGCUGCAGAAGAUGCCCGGCCAUGAGGCGACACUGCGGAGCAUCUGGGAGAAGGCCUCGAAGGCCAGCUCGAAGGACCUGGAUAUUCAGAUGCGGUGGUUCGAGAAUGCCUUCGAUGAUGACGACUGGAAGUCGGCGCAAAAGGCUUCCAUGGCGCUCCAGAGCAACUUCCCUAAGACAAGGAAGUACCAUCUUUGGGCUAUCUUCCUGAGUUACCUCAUUUCGGUCGAUGCGGCUAGCUCGGACGCGGACCGUAAACUUUUCGGAAUGCUGGCCUACCGGAUGGUGUCCAAGGCUGCGGAGAGUGUUCCUUCCGAUCCGAAAGAAUUGCUGAGCCCUCCUAGAGCUAUACAAACGGCUGAGGAGUUGCUGUUGCUGAUCAAGAUCUUCGAAUCCCAAGGGCGUAAUGCUGAGAUUGUGAAGAUUCUCGACAGCGAGAAUCUCGGUAUCAGCUCACGCGUCAUUCAGAAUGACUGGGCCUUUGUCGGAGAUAAGCUUUCUGCCCUGGAGAAGGCCGAGAUGUGGACCGAGGGCCUGGAAUACACGAAGGGCUUGCUUGCAAUUCCUACUAAUGAAGCUGAACAAAAAGCGCUUCAAGAGCGCGAUGAUUGGGCCGUUUGGCACCUGCUGAUCGUUGCAACCCAGAAGAUCAACACUCCUGACACUACGGCCGAGACACGGAAGUUCCUCGAUAACUUCAUUGCGUCGAUCCCGAAGUCUCGUAAUGCACGAUUGGCUCGACUUGACAUGACCCACUGGUCUUUCCAGUCGGGUGACCUGAAGGCCGAGGACUUGGUCUCUGCCUGCCAGGAUUAUUUCGACCAUGGCAAGCACAAGCUUUAUUGCUUUGGAGAUUUGCGAAGCUAUGCACCAGCGCUAGACAAGACUUCUCUUUUGAAGCUUGUGGAGUAUCUAUCCAAGGCCCAAGAGGAGACCGAUGGAAAGAACCCGUCUAACAACGUUGCAACGAUCAAUGCUCUCAAGUGCGAAUACUGCUUUCUGCUUUCGGCGGACGAAGCCAACGCUUCUAAGCAGAAGGUUGAGGACUAUGUUUCCCGCUGCUUGAAGGUCUAUCGUGAAGUUGAGCGCCCCGACAAGACCGAGGCUCCCUCGACAAUCGAGAGCCAGCCUAGCGAUGACUUGUGUCUACUCGCGGCCAUGAGCUUGAUUCGCUUUAGUGGCGCAUGGGCUUCUGGAAGCAGUGAAAAUGUCCAGGAUACUGCCCUGAUUCGCGCGGCAGCCAUCCUGGAACGUCUUUUAGUCGAUUCCCCUCACAACUACCAGGCAUUAUUACUACUUGUGCGGAUCUACCUUCGUCUUGGUGCCGCAUCUCUUGCUUUGAAAACAUUCAGCAAACUCUCAGUCAAGCAAAUACAGUACGAGACCGUGGCCCACAACCUUUUCACACGCCUUGCAACUAUCCACCCACACUCUGCCCCGCCAAUUGAAGGCGCAGAGUACAAAGACUUCAGCCCACAGACUGCGUUUGUUCAGGCUCUCAAUUUCUAUCGGACUGCGGAUGUCACAACUGGUAGGAACCGGUCUAAGGGGCUGGAUUAUGGAAGCUACGUAAACAUACAAGGAACCAUUGAUUUGCAGAAGCGUCUUAAGAAUAGUAUCUGCCGCAGAAUGUGGGCUCUGGAUGUGAGACGCAUGCAGAGACUGGCUGGGGGAGACCCCAUGGGUCGCUACGAAGAGAUGGCGAGAGACACGGCGCCGCUAGUGGACCAGCGUAUCUUCGAUGCAUUCAUGAACUGCGAAGCCCCUGGUCAGGCCACAUUCGAGGAGCGGAUGCGCCUGGGACCCCUGCCUCGUGAUCAAUGGAUCAAAUCGUCCAGAGUGACCGACCACCUCUUUGGUCUCCUGAAAUCUAUGGCGGCUCAAAAGCCCGUGUCUGCUGAACCUGAAUUGCCAAGUCUUGAGGAUAUUGUGGGACCCGAGGCGGAAGCUGAAAUGACCCCGGCGGAGAUCGAAAGUGCCAAGAUACAUCUGAGCAUCCUGACAUUGACUUUGUUCGUGAACGGGUCUAAAUCGGUUACCUCCGAGCAGGUGGAUAGCUGUCUCACCGUAGUAGAAGGAUGGCUGGACUCCAAGCUCAAGGAUGUGACUGUUAACGACGCUAGCGUUUCUCCCGUCAUGUCCAACACGGCACUCUUCUUGGGAGGUGAUGUCCCCACUGCUCCGACCUGGAGGUACCUUCACGACCUCUUCAUCGCCCUCGACUCUCUCAAGGCAGUGUCCCUUCUCUCCGCCAUUGCUGUGCGGAAGGGCACCAAGGGCAAGCUCCCGAAAGAGCGGAUCGAGAAGCUGGCCGACUCGAUGCGCCAGGUCCAUCAGAGUAUCCGGACCAACAUUCGCGCGCUCAAAUCCCACAUCUCUGCCCCCGGCGUGCUGGGCUCCCUGACCGACUUGGUCGUGGCCGGUUCUGUCAGCGAGGACGGUUCUCAGCUUCGUGCUGAGUUAGACAAGACGUUGGAGAUGUCUACCCUGGAAGUGUUCUGUGGUGAGUUGAUGGAGAGUUGGGAAGAAGGCCUUGACGGGCUGUUUGCCGUCACCCUGUAAAAAGCGAAUGCAGUACACCAUGAAGCCAUACAUGUGAAAUAUACCGUUACCAGAGAGAGACGUUGAUUGGCGUCUGAGCAUUAUAUACCUAGAAACGGCGAUCGAGCCCCCGUC